AUGGGUAUGGUCGUUGUUAGUAUCAAAGCAUGCUCAAUCAAAUUUACUUCACCUGCACCAAAUUCAAUUUUACGACAGUCGCAAGUCACGAUUACUGGCACUGGAAGUGGUCAAUCAUCACCAAAUGAUGUCGGCAACGCUGUGGCGACAAUCAAUGGUGUAAUAUUCUUUACGCAAUCAGGCACAUUCACACGAUUAAUGCAAUUUUUUGGUUCUGGAUCUGCACAAGUCACUUUAAAAGUUGGAAAAAAUGUGUUACGAGUGGAUGGAACAGUUAAUUCAUGUUCAGCUAGUGAUACUUUAAUUUUGUACUAUAUGCCAAUAGACGAUCAAUGCUAUACAAGAGUAACAGAUCUCGAAAACUUACCGACACCAACGGGUGCACAUCAAAAUGGAUUCAUUAUCAACCAAAAAUGUAUCGCUAAACAAUCAUGUCUUGAGAAAAAUUCAUUAAAUAGUUCGAUUUGGCUGGAUAAGGUUGUGGCAGCAUUUGUUGAUCCAUUCUUAAAACAAACAGGUGAUUGGCCAAAGAAACUUCAAUCAUGUUCCACAUCUACCUAUAAUUUUGCUGAUUCUACAACCCAGAUGUAUUACAUUCCACCACAGGCAAUCACUGGUAUGAUCUUGGCAGAUUACAUGGCACGUCGAUUAUGUGAAUCGAUAAUGGCAAAUUAUCAUAUCAAUACAGAUUUACAAAAUUCAUUAAAUAUGAACGGUUGUGGUACAGAGCAUGAUUGGAAUAAAAUUGGUGACUAUAUUAAAGACUGUGUUAAAGGACAGACAUCAGCUGUCGAAGGUUGGGUUGCAUCUUCAAUUGUUAUUUAUCUACGUAACACUGUUAGACAAAAUUGCAUUACAUAUCGAAAAAGUCGUGGACUUCCCAUUGAAUAUUAA